AUGACAUUUGAGUCAGCCCAAAAUGAAAAAGGUCUAGCGCAGCAAGUAGCUGCUCUAGACUUGGACGGCUCCAAUCAAGGUAGCCAAUCCCAGCCUGGUGCUAAUUCUUCGAAGCCUGCGAAGUACAUUCCGCCGGCCCUUCGAGGUGCUGCUUCAGGAGGAGGCACUGCACUCUCGUCUGAAUUUCCAUCCGAGGGGGAUCAAGGACGCCGCGGUGACAAGGGAGGAAGGAACUUCGGUAACUUUGGUGCGCGAGACUAUCGAAGGGACGCUCCACCCCCAUCCCGUGAUUCUUUCAACCGCGGGUUCAAUCGCGAGGGAGGUCGGGACCGUUUCGAUACGAGGAAAGACUACGGAGACUUCGGAUCGCGCGGCGGAGGAGGAACUUUUGGCGGCGGCGGCGGCGGCAGCCGGGGGUCAUAUGGCCGAGAGUACCGCGACAAUCGCUCGAAUGGUCGUUGGACUGAGCAGUACAGCGAUGAUUGGACUAAGCCAUCGCCUCCUGACGAGCAGUUGGAGCGGAAAUUGUUCGGCGCACCCCAUGCUGGCCGCACGAGUUCCGGUAUAAACUUCGAAAAGUACGAGGAUAUUCCAGUUGAGGUAUCGGGAAACGAUGCCCCUCAACCGAUUGAUAACUUCGUUGACUGCGACACCAUAUGUCCGCUGCUCCGAGGAAACAUUGAGUUGGCCAACUAUACGGUGCCCACCCCUGUGCAGAAAUAUGCAAUCCCAAUCGUCAUGUCGCAUCGCGAUCUCAUGGCCUGCGCACAGACUGGCUCGGGCAAGACGGCGGCCUUCCUCAUUCCGUCGAUCAACAAGUUGCUCGUCGAUGGACCCCCUGAGAAGAUUCCUCAACCGCAGAGGCAAUCGAGCAGGAGCAAGCAGUAUCCCCUGGCGCUCAUCCUCUCGCCUACCCGAGAGCUGACCCAACAGAUCUAUGACGAAGCUUGCAAAUUCUCCUAUCGUAGCCGAGUCAGGGCUUGCGUCGUUUACGGAGGCGCGGAUCCCAUGAACCAGAUGCGGGAUCUGGAUAAGGGAUGUCAACUCCUCGUCGCGACACCUGGACGUCUUUGGGACAUGAUCGAGAGGGGCAAGGUCGCACUGGACCUGGUUCGGUUCCUCGUGCUCGACGAAGCCGACAGAAUGUUGGACAUGGGUUUCGAGCCCCAGAUCAAGAAGAUCGUCUACGAUUCCGGUAUGCCCGAAACGGGCGAACGUCAAACACUGAUGUUUUCCGCGACGUUCCCCAAAAAGGUGCAAGAGCUCGCUACUAGCUUCUUGCACGACUACAUUUUCCUCGCUGUCGGUCGUGUGGGUUCUACUUCGGAGAAUAUCACUCAGAAAAUUGUUUGGGUUGAAGAACAGGACAAGCGUGAGUUCCUACUCGAUCUUCUCGAGGCCGCAGGCUUGCGUUGCGGACCAGACGGUCUUGCGCCAGGAUCCUCCGAGACCCUCACGCUGGUGUUUGUUGAAACCAAGAAGGGAGCCGAUAGCCUCGAGAAUUUCCUCAUCAGAGAAGGCUACCCGGUAACAUCGAUCCACGGAGACAGGAGUCAGGGUGAACGUGAAGACGCUCUCAGGAGUUUCCGCAACGGAAAAACUCCGAUCAUUGUGGCAACAGCUGUCGCAGCUCGUGGUCUCGACAUACCAAACGUGAAGCACGUCAUCAACUUUGAUCUUCCUACCGACAUUGAAGAGUACGUCCAUCGCAUCGGGCGUACGGGACGUGUCGGCAAUCUCGGAUUGGCCACCUCGUUCUUCCAUGACAAGAACCGAAACCUCGCUUUGGAUCUCGCUGAACUCCUUCAGGAAGCAAAACAGGAGCGCCCGGAUUGGUUGCUGAGCAUUGCCAAAGACGACCGCGGAAGCUACAGCCGCUCCAGCAGAGGAGGAGGUGGCGGCGGCGGUGGCAGCGGCAGGCGUUUCGCGAGCGGCGGAUUCGCCUCCAGAGAUUAUCGUCAAGGAAACUUCGGCAAUCGAGGCAGCAGCAACACCGGCAGCAGCGGAGGACGCAGCGGAGCUUCGUCGGGUGGCGGAGGUCAUCGUAACGGAUACGGAGGAAGCGGCGGUGGUGGCUACGGAGGCGGCGGCGGCUACGGAGGCGGCGGCGGUGGUUAUUCCGGUAGCGCUUCGCAUGAGUGGUGGGAUGCAUGAUGGAAGAAUGAUGCUUCGGUCUAAGCCGCCGUCGUCGUCGUCAUCCAAUUGCUAUAUCUCAUUAUUACUCUGCUGAAUGGUCUCCGGUGAAAAAAAAGCUUCGUCUCUUAGGUUUUACCCACGAAACGGUGUCGCAGUACAGUUUUGUCCGCAUACCUUAUCACUCAAUCAAACGAUAAACAACAAUAACAACGACAACAUCAACAA